AUGAAGCGUCGCGGAUGGCGCGUCGGCGAGCUCACCGAGCUCCCGCCGGCGCCGCCGGGCGAGAUCGCGCUCUGGGGGGACAAUCUCGACCGAGGCAGGCGCGUGCGGGUGCUGGUGCGACAGCGACGAGGGCGCGGCGAGGCGGCGUAUCGAUGGAUCGACGAGGAGCAAGUGUUCGCGGUGAUGCUGCACGAGCUGACGCACGUGGAGAUCGGACCGCACGACGCGACGUUCUACGCGCUGCUGCGAACGCUCGAGCGCGAGGCGGCGGUGAUGAUGGCGAGCGAUUUCGUGGUGUGCGGACGGUGCGUGGGCGGGGACGGCGGCGCGAGACGCGCGCGGUCGCCGCGGACGAACGCGCGAGACGCGGCGGCGAGACGCGCGCGACUCGCCGAGGUCGGUCUGCGCGGCGGCGGACGGCGAUUGGGAGGGACGGCGCGUGAUGAGAGUCGGUUGUUGGCGGCGCCUGGGGGGGACGAUGCGGUGGUGGUGUUGGACGCGGAGGCGGACGACGACGCGCCCAUCGUUCUCGACUGA